AUGGCCGCCGUCCACGACCCGCCUUUCCUCCGCGGUUACGAACCCACGUCCGCAACCGCCGUGUCUCCCGACGCCGUCUCCACCGCCAGCUCCGAAGGAGAUGACGAAGACGAACGCAGUGGAAGCAGCAGCAUUGGCCGGCCGCCCAUCACGCCCGUGCGGGGCAAACUCAACGCCGACGAAGUCUUUCUCCGCAACAUGCUCGGGCUCCUGAACAAACGUGGCUACAACGUGCGGGAGUCAACAAACGAGACGUUGACUGCAUCGUCCUCUGCCAGCUUGACCGGCUCCAGCAGCUUCACCAGCACUGGCUCGACCUCCGUGUCGUCUGUGCUCUUGGCUCUGCGUGAACCCACGCACGGCCAAUCGCCGCUCCAUAUUGCCGUCCGUCGAUGUGACAUGCAGGUCCUGGACGCGCUGCUGGAGCACGAGAGCCGGGACGAGCUCCUGGACGUGUCGGAUUCCAAUGGGAACACGGCGCUGCACUUUGCCACGGGCCACUGGCGACGUCCGACGAGUGUCGACGUGACGGACAAGCUGCUGGGGGCUGGGAGCAAUGUCCAUGUGGAGAACAAACGGGGCCUCACGCCAUUGGGCGUGCACAUGCUCACGCUCAAGAUUGAUAACCCGACGCUCGUGGUGAAGCUAUUGGAAGCUGGCGCAGACCCGAACACGGAAGCAGAAGGCGUUGCCGUGCUGCAUCUUGCGGCCCGACGGGACUUGCCCGUGGUGUCUGCCGUGUUGACGGCAUUUGGCGCGUCGAUGCUGUCGUUGAAUGCUGAUGGACUCAUGUGCUACGAAGUGGCAUCGCCACGGGUAAAGCGGUGUAUGGUGCGCAGCAUCAACAAAGCACCGCCUGCUUAUGUGUCGAUGACGCAGCGAUGUGCUUGCAUGCGGUGCAAAUCGUCGACGCUUGUGAGUCAUAAGAAGAUGCUUGGGAACUUGGUGAAGCGGGUGCUGGGGAUGCAUCUGCGAGCUCAUCAAAGCAACUGCUAUCACUGCGGAAUGCUCUUUUGUUCCCAGUGCCUGAAGCCAUCGGCAGCUGUCAGUGCCAUUCCAUUUGUCCGUGAUGACGACAAGUCCAGUGGAAAGAUCAAAUCGUGUCGUCUGUGUGAGGCGGUGCUUCUAGACCGCAAGCGGAAGCAGGCGUCACAACACAUAUUCGACAUGCAUCGUAUGGGUCUUCACCCGACCAUGCAGAUGAAGAGAUAG